AUGCAGUUCGGCUUUUGGGAGAACUCAACGGAGGUCGCAAGCGUUGUCGUUUCAAUAUGGUGCCUUGCUACAAGGAGUGAUCGUCUCUAUAAUUCUGCCAGUCUGCUAAGCGAACUGAACGAAGAAUACUGGAGAAGGAGACGAUUCUCAAAUUGUGAAGUUCUUGAACAGGAGGAAACAGGCGUGUUUACACUCGCGAUUACCGUGGAUCGUGAAAAACUUCGCCCAGAGCAUCAAAAUCUGCCAAGAGAUUUCUAUCUGUGGGUGUUGAAUCGACAGUUGAACUUGCAAGAAAUCGGUUGUGCAACUUUGGCAGGUGAGAUUCAAAACGUUGGAGCCAGACUGACAUUCCCAUCCAAAUGGUGCAUGUGUGAAAAGCUUCAAUCUCGAAAGUUUGAAAAUGGUCUUCGGAUUGAAAAAUGUAUUCUACUGGAUAGAGUCACGGAACCGUUACACACCGAAUAUGUUGCAACGUAUGAAGUAAAGUUCGAUCAUCCUGUGUCACGAGGGGAUGCGGUUAGACUUUUGGGAGAUCUCAACGGAGGUCGAAAACGUUGUCGCUUUAAUAUGGUUCCAUUGUCCAACGACUGA